CACACCUGGGUUUUAGACCACAACGACACACACAGUACUCCUCCUCCUCCUCCUCCUCCUCCAUAUUCUCUUUCUUUCUCACCCCUUUAAAAACCCAUCUACCAACUCAUAUUCCAAACUUGUAGAGAGAGAGAGAGAGUACCCCCUGAAAUGGGACUCAAAGUUUCAACAAUGACUUCCUUGUUCCUCUUCUCUCUCUUAGUAUUGGGAUUCAGUUUCUCGGAAGCUCAGAAAGUACCGGGCAUGUACGUGUUUGGAGACUCGUUAGUAGAUGUCGGAAACAACAACCACCUCAAACUCUCCCUCGCCAAAGCUGAUUUUCCGCAUAACGGCGUCGACUUUCCCGGCAAAAAACCCACCGGAAGGUUCAGUAACGGCCAUAACUCUGCAGACCUUCUAGCUGAGAAAGCGGGUAUAGUGACACCUCCCCCGUAUCUCUCACUUGUCUCUAACAAGACUAGCAAUAAUGCAUUUCCAAUCACCGGCGUUAGCUUUGCCUCCGGAGGUGCUGGAAUCUUUAAUAGCACUGAUCAACUCUUUAAACAAUCAGUUCCAUUAUCCAAACAAGUGGAGUACUAUUCUACUGUUGUGUACCAAGAUCUGGUACGCCAACUUGGGUCAUCUGGGGCCCAACUACAUCUUUCAAAAUCACUCUUCACCGUCGUCAUUGGAAGCAAUGAUUUGCUGGGCUACUUCAGUUCCGGGUCGGAUCUUCCUAAGAAAAGCACCCCACAGCAGUAUGUUGAUUUAAUGGUUCUCACUCUCAAACAAGUUUUGAAGAGCGUGCAUAAUUUUGGUGCACGUAAAUAUGUGAUUGCUGGGAUUGGAGCAAUAGGUUGUUGUCCCUCACAGAGGAAUCAGAACAAAACUGAAGAAUGUAAUGAGGAAGCAAACUACUGGACUGUCAAGUACAAUGAAGGCCUGAAAUCAAUGUUGCAGGGACUCAAAUCAGAGCUCAAGGACAUAGACUACUCCUUUCUGGACAUCUAUGGUGUCUUCGUUCGCUUCAUUCAAACUCCCUCCACCUUCGGAUUUAAUGAGAUUAAAUCAGCAUGUUGUGGGUUAGGAAACUUAAGAGCCCAAGUUCCAUGCGUGCCAGUUUCAAGUUAUUGCUCCAACAGAAGUGAUCAUGUCUUCUGGGAUCUAUAUCAUCCUACUGAGGCAGCUGCUCGCAUUUUUGUUGACACGAUUUUUCAUGGUUCUCAACAGUAUGCAGUCCCCAUGAAUGUUGAGCAGCUGAUUGGUGCAUAAAACUCAUUAGUGGUCUCAACCAACUUCAUACAUGUGAACUGCCUUGUUGAAAAUCAAAGAGGAGAAGAUGAGUUUUGUCAUGUUAUUUUGAACCAUAUAUGUCAAUGGGAGUUAUUGUAAACUUAUUUUAAAAAAUUCAGGUUGUUCAUUUGAGUCGUGUAAGUUUAAAAUAACAUGAAUUUGAUAAAUAACUCAAAUGAAAAUAUGCUCUACCUAGACAUUCAAAGGAAUACGAAAUUCCUUGAAUUGUUUCGAUAAUAAAGGUGGGAUCAUUAACUAGUUAUCAA